CAUUCGAACCGGAUCAUUAGGAGAAGGUCGGUCCCACGUAGUGAUUCUACGUCGGAUUAGUAGUAAAUACCAUGGACCUACGACAAUAAAGGAAAAAAAGAAAACGAGAUCCUUCCCGCAUUCCGUUCCCGGUGUCGUCAGUACCCUGCAGAUAACCAAUGGGACUGCUGAUGUGUGUUCUGAUGUCGAUUCUCUUCUCCAACCUGCUCUUCUUCCUCGUAAGGAUCAUUCAACUGCAUGCGAGAGCUCAACUCGCGUGGGGGUCGCACGACGUCCAUCCACCGGCGACGCGGAACGGGUCACACGAGGCGGCGGAGUGCGUCUUCUGCUUGUGCGACAUCGAGGAGGGCGAGGAGAUAAGGGAGCUUAGAUGCGGGCACCUCUUCCACAGGAGUUGCCUUGACCGGUGGCUGGUGCGGCGGCGGGCGACGUGCCCUCUGUGCCGGGACGUCCUGCUGCCUCGUGAGCCGGCGACCGUGAAGAGUAGCGGCGGCGGUGCGGGGGACGACGACGAGGACGAGCUCGACGAUUGGAUGGUGAUGUUGUUUGCGUACUUGAGAUGGUGGAUGCCAUGACGUCCCUUUCGAUCGCCCGACGCUCGCUGGCUGGCUUACAAGAGUAUGUUGUCUGGGCUGGCCAUCUCGCGUUAUGGAUCACUUGUUUCUUCUCCUCCUCUUCGUUUGAAUGAUUUCUUUUCUUUGAG